AAAAUUUUGAUGGCAAAACAGGAUAAUAAAAACGAGAUUGUGGCUCCGUCAAUUCACGGAAAAAAGCUCGAUCGGUCGCUUUGGCGUAUUUAUCUUAAAUAUAUCGUAAUAGCAAUUGUUCUUCUAGUUGUCUUGGGAAAUACAAUUAUGACAAUAAUACUGGUAGUGAACGAUGUCAAUGAAACUGGAAAGACUACAAUUACGCCUAAACUAUCAUCAGCGGGUACCAGGUCCACAUUUGCUUCAGGUUUUUUUUCCGAAUGCACUCCUACUGUGACAAGUAUCUCUUCAACUGUUGCCGCGUCUACAUAUCCAGCAACGCCAGGUUGUAACAAACGGAUAAUUGGAUAUUAUUUUGCAACACAAACUUCUGUUAUAACAAGAGAUCAAGUUUCAAAACUGACACAUGCAGUUUUUGCAUUUGUCAAUAUGACUUCUGAUGGACAUCUACAAAUUGACGGUGAUUUGGCGAAAAACAGAUUUACGAAUCUGAUAGAAAUAGCAAAACAGCAAACUCCACAAGUCAAAGUUAUGAUAUCAAUUGGUGGAAACGACAAUUCCAACAACUUCAAGCCGGUUUUAAGUAGUCCCGACAGAAAAAAAUUGUUCAUCAAUUCCACAGUAUCAUUCCUUCAAACUUAUGAUAUUGACGGUGUUGAUUUAUAUUGGAAAUGGCCAGGAAAAACAUCUAAAGACAUUUAUUCUCAAUUUAUCAAUGAUCUGAGAUACAGUUUGCAACGGCAGAAAAGAAACUAUAUUAUGUCGAUAGUACUACCACCACCUGAUAUGGGAGCCAACUACGAAGCAGGAAUUGAUAUUGAGAAUAUUUUUGACAAUGUUGAUUUUCUGAACAUAUUUACAAUGGGAUACUUUGGUCCAUGGCAAAACGAUGCCGGCAUGAUAACUGGUGCAGCUUCUCAACUUUUCAAUGGCGUUAAUGGAGUUCCGGGAAGAAAAACUUAUAAUAUUCAUCACUCAACAGAGAGAUAUGUUUGUAAAACUGGUCAAUCUGACAAAUAUAACAUUGCGAUUCCAUUUUAUACAAUGCUCUGGAAGCAUGUGAAAGGUCCAGUUAACCCUCCUAAUAUUGAAAUUUAUCGAAAUGCAACAUUUCAAGGAGGAGUUGUUGGAGAAACGAGUAUGUCUCGAAAAUUGGUUCAAGAGGAAGGCUAUGAUUUUUCAAACCCUACGUACAACCCUGAAAUCAGAGCUGCAUUCAAAUAUAAUGCUACUACAGAAACAUUCCUAACAUUUGAAACGAAUGACACGAUUGCAGCAAAAAUUGAUUAUGUGAAAGAUCGGAUAUUGGGUGGAGUAUGGAUUUGGGCAGUUGAUAUGGAUGAUGAUUCAAAUAAUUUAUUGAAUCUUGUAAAGUUUACUGGUUAUUGCACGGUUGGAAAUCUAACAUUGUAUAAUUGUUAA